AGAAGAAACAUCCGGGUCCCUGAGGUUCUUGCUUGGCGACCCGUCGCCAUUAGUGCAAGCUCGUUGUCUCGGAUCUGUUUUUGUGGUGAAAAACCUUUUAAACGGUGAAGUUUUCCAGCUUCCGGGGAACGUUCCGGUGCUGUUAACGGGCACGUUGUUUUCUCUACCGAGUAAAAACCGUGAACUCGGGGGGUCUUGGCCCCGCGUGGCGAGCUGUCGUCCUCUCUUCCAACAACCUCCAUUACUUGAGACGCCGUUGAUCGUGUCUCUUCUUUUUCCUUCGGUUGGGUUUAUUGUCAAGAUGUCGCCGUGAUGGGGUCUCCGCGUUUGACAGAAAUGAACCAGGGCCUUCGUCGCCUGACCCGCACUCACUGCAGCCCGCUUUCCUUCUCCGUGUCCCCGUUUGAUGCUAGAGAGCUCGGCGGCUCUCUGCCCGGAGCUCGGCCCCAGCACCACCACUCUCUGCCCGGAUACAAACAUGGAGAAGAACCCCAACAGCAGCACCAGCACCAAGGUUCCGCCCCGUUCCAGCUCCACAGGCCCAGCGCCGGGAGAGACUAAACCCAAAACAGAAGGUAAAAAUAAUGGAGGCUCCAAGCGCUACAGCCGCAAGCGAGAGCCCUCCUUUCCUAAAGCCGACAGUUUCCAAGGCCCUCGCCGCACCAAUUCACAGAAAAGCAAGAAUUUUGAGAAGAGACCCGCUCAGAGAGGCGGACGACAGUAUGGAGUUACAGGGGGAGGACGACGCGAGGAGGUAGCAGAGACGCGCCGGGCCGAGUUUAGCCCGGCUCAGUUUGCUGGACCGAAGAAAAUAAGCCUGAACCACCUGCUGAACUUUACCUUUGAACCCCGUGGAGGUACCGGUGGCGUCGGAGACGGAGGCCACUCCUACUGGGGCCGCCGAAACAAAUGGGGCCACAAGCACAAGCCCUUCAACAAGGAGCUCUUCCUGCAGGCCAACUGCCAGUUUGUGGUGACUGAUGAUCAGGACUACAAGGCUCACUUCACUGAUCCAGACACUCUGGUCAACUGGGACUGUGUGCAGCAAGUGCGCAUCUACAGUCACGAGGUGCCGUCUUGCCCCAUCUGCCUGUACCCUCCGCUGGCGGCCCGUAUCACCCGGUGCGGACACAUCUUCUGCUGGCCGUGCAUGCUGCACUACCUCUCUCUCAGCGACAAGAGCUGGUCCAAGUGCCCCAUCUGCUACGAGGCCGUUCAGACCGCCGACCUGAAGAGUGUGGUUGCUAUGGAGACCAGGCAGUACGUGGCCGGUGAUGUGAUCACCAUGCGCCUGAUGCGGAGGGAAAAGGGGGCUCUGGUGGCCAUGCCCAGCUCCCAGUGGGUGAAGGUGGAGGAGCCCGUUCGCUUUGGAGAUGCGUGUCUGAGUCCGUACUCCAAGCUGCUGCUGACGUCCCCGGCCCAGGUCCUGAGCCUGGUGGCGGAGGAGAAGACCGUCCUGCAGGCUCAGCUCAGCCAGGAAGAGGACGCCCAGGGCUGCUUCAUCCAGAGCGCCCUUUGUCUUCUGCAGGAGCGAGAGGAAACUCUGCUGAAGCAGCAGAAAGCGAACGCAGUAGACGGCCUCGACUUCUCCUCUCUGACUCUGGAAGAACCUUCUUCUCCUGUGGAGGAAGUGGUCACUAACACCAGCAUCACCAAGCCGAUGCUGCAGUACUCCUCUGCGUUCGAUGACGAGGUGGCGGAGGUGGCGGAGGACGCCGCCUUAGAGCUGCAGGGCUUAACCGAAGGCGUUCUGGAGUGUGUGCUGGAGGAGCCUGCAGAGGUUGCGAUGGACGCAGCUCCGGAGCCCGAGCCCGAAGAGGAGAGCCCUGCCAGCCUGCCGGAGCCGGGCCGCCCCUCCACCGGCGUGGUGCACGGACCCUACUACUAUUUCUACCAAGCUGACGACUGCCAGCAGAUGUUCCUGCAUCCUGUGAAUGUACGCUGUCUGUUGCGUGAAUACAGCAGCUUGGAGGCGAGUCCUGACUCCAUCACUGCCACAGUGGUGGAGAUAGUGGGACACACGGUCACUGAGGAGAUCCGUCGUCGACAUCGCUAUCUGGCUCAUCUGCCGCUCACGUGCGAGUUCAGCCUCUGCGAGUUAGCGCUGCAGCCGCCGAUCCUGUCCAAGGAGACUCUGGACACGUUUGCAGACGACCUGGAGAAGAGGAAGCGGCUGAGGCAGAAGAAAGUGAGGGAUGAGAAGCGCAGAGAGAAGCGAAUUGAAAUUGAGGAGAACAAGAAGCAGGGGAAAUAUCCUGAGGUGCAUAUCGGAUUAGAGAACCUCCAGCAUUUCCCAGCAUUCGGAUCUCCGCCUUACUACAGCAGCCCCCCACUUCAGCCUGACUUCACAUUUGCCCCCCCUUCCCCCCUCAGCUGCAGUCCUUCCUCUGACGGGAUAAGAUUCCCCAGCCUGAAUGGGCAGAGCUCCUCCCCCACUGUGGGCAGCGUGGAGGACGACUCCCACUGUAUGUCGUUUGCACAGAUGCUAAGAGAUGGGAAAGCCAGAGCUGAUGCUGGGCCCAGGAUCACUCCAAAGAAAGAUUAUCUGCUCGCUCCGCCGGCGGCAGACAGCGACGGGGAGAGCGACGGGUCGGACCGGGUCCCCGUGCCCAGCUUCCAGAACUCGUUCAGCCAGGCCAUCGAGAAAGCACUUCUGCAGCUGGACAACGGCGCUGCUUCUCCUCCACAACCCGUGGUUGACCCAGACGAGAAAGGAGGGAAGAAGAAAAAGAAGAAGCAGAAACUUCUGUUCAGCACGUCGAUGGUUCACACGAAGUAGACGACACUGAAGCUCUUUUACUCUGAGUGUUUUUCUUGAGUUGAUAUUCAUAAAUGAUUCCCGCUGCUUGUUUUUACUUCCAUGCAGAUCUUCCCUGGAAAACUAGAAGCUAUAGAAACAGGGUUUAGUCAGCAGCCAGAGGUUCAGGUGCUCUGGGUUUGAUUUGCAUUCAUUAUUAUUAGUCGUACAAAGGUCAGAGCUCUAUAGCAGCCUCCUGUCUGUCACACUGAAAAGCCUUGUGGGUAACAUUUUGUCCAGAUCCAAAGAAAAACACGGAAUAUAACGAGCGUAGAUACAGAAAACGUAGAUUCUGUAUUUGACGUCUGCGCGGUCGCUACAUCGCGGAGGUCAGAUCAGCUCGUUAAUAAUACUGAGAGAUUCAGACGUCGCUACAGUACCGACUGUGACUUUAUUCAUUCUGAACCGAUAUUCAUGAUAUUUAGUCUGUUUAUAAACGUGAGGAAUUGAACCUGAUGGUUACAGGAAUUAAUUCAUUGGAAAAAUGUUUCAGGCGUUUGGAUUCAGGGAUUAAAUAUUCAAAGGAUGAAAACCAUGAAAACAUUAAUGUUAGUGUGUUUGAGCUGCUGCAUAAAGUCUCAACACAUGGAACAAAUUACUGUCCAACAGGAAACUAACAAUAAAAACUGUUCUCCUAUUUCAAAUGAUAUGUUCUCCUGUAGAUACAGUUCACAAAGACAAGCAAACAGGCGUCUUUAUAACAAUAUUACAGAUAUAAAAUCUACAUUUUUAGAGCAACAAAAGGUAAAAAUAUUAAAUAAUUUACACUUGCUGUUUAUAGAUAAAGCCUAAAUGUCCCAGAUAAUUAGCUCCACUUCUUUAUAACCUUUAUAACAAACCAAAUUUAAUGACAAUCUGUUCAGAAUUGAGUUACAGUCGUUUUUUAAGUGAACUUUAUGUCUCUCUGUGUUAACUUUACCUGACCUCCGCAGUCUGGCGACCACACAUUCAGCAGCGACCAGCGACGCGUCUACGUUUCUUACAUCUUAAUAACGAGCUCCUGGCUCCGCGUACGCUUUCAGAUCCGACUUCUUGCAGCCGGGAUCCGUGAGUAGUUUGGAUAAGAUGAUCGUAGGGUGCUUUAGAUUAGAGUAGCAGUCAGCCAGCUGCAGAUACGUCGCACCUUUUAAAUCUUUCCAGGGUACUCGGACAUCAAUCGGGAACUUCAGCCUCAGAACGGAAGGAAACAAUGACAUCGGUGUUUUCUAACAACACGAGUACGUAACGUUCUUCGUGAGGAAGCGAACACUCAGUAUUGUAUAGUAGAGAUUACUCCAACAGUAUAUUCAGCCUGGUUCAACCAUACAUCUGCACUUUCUUCUCCUUCAGUUUCUCCUCUGUGUCAUCUUCUGUUGUAGAGUGUUAUCUAACCUUUAACAUGAACUCAGUUUAACUUCAGUGUUGGAAACGUGUGAGGAAUCGCUGCCGUUGUUUAAAGGAAUGUUUUGAAACCUGAAGAAAAAACUUAAAAAAUGUGUUUUUGUUGGAGGGUUCUUUAAUUCACCUUUUAUUUUGAGCAAGUUUAUAGACUAGUGAGCAUUACUAGUCUGUUGAAAUGAAUAAACAAUUAUGCACAAUCAAUGAAA